AUGGAAACGCGGCCCGCGCCCCCCUCGCGGCCGGCGCUGCUGCUGGUGCUGCUGCCGCUGCUGCUGCCGGUGGAGGCGGCGCGGGGGCGGCGCGCAGCUUACAGAGCCCCCCAGAUUGCCUUCGAAGAGAAAUAUUUUGACCAGUGGCUGGACCACUUCAAUUGGAAGUCCUACGGCAACAAAACGUUUGCCCAGAGGUACCUCAUCACAGAUACAUUUUGGGAGAAGGGGGUGGGCCCCAUCUUCUUCUACACUGGGAAUGAAGGCGGCAUCUGGAGCUUUGCUCAGAACUGUGGCUUCAUCCUGGAGUUGGCUGAGCAGCAGAAUGCCCUGGUGGUCUUUGCCGAGCACAGGUAUUACGGGAAAUCGCUUCCGUUCGGAGCGGUGUCACUGCAAGAGGACAACAUUGGCCUGCUAAGCAUUGAGCAAGCUCUUGCUGACUACGCAGUGCUUAUCAGGGAGCUGCGGCGGCAGUAUGGAGCGCAGGAUGCCCCCGUCAUUGCUUUUGGGGGCAGCUACGGGGGGAUGCUGAGUGCCUACAUGCGAAUGAGGUACCCCAACCUGGUGGCGGGGGCGCUCGCCGCCAGCGCCCCCGUGCUCUCCCUGGCCGGGGUUGGCGAUUCCAGCCAGUUCUUCAGAGAUGUCACAGUGGAUUUCCAGAACUGCAGCUCGGACUGCGCCACGGCUGUGCGAGAAGCGUUCCAGCAGAUUCGCGACCUCUCUCUGGCUGGAGAUUACCGGAGGAUCAGCAGUGGGAUGUCCACUUGCGAGCCGCUUUCGUCCAGGGACGACGUCGCGCAGCUCUUUGGAUUUGUGCGGAACGCCUUCACCAUGAUGGCCAUGAUGAACUACCCUUACAAGACUGACUUUAUGGGCCACUUCCCGGCCAACCCCGUCAAGGUGGGCUGUGAGCAGAUGCUGGCGCACGAGGACCGGAUCCGAGGCUUGGCGGCCCUCAGCGGCGUCUUCUAUAACUCCACGGGGGCCGCUUCGUGUUUUGACAUCUACAAGCAGUACCGCCAGUGCGCCGACCCGACUGGCUGCGGUUUGGGCUGGGACUCGGACGCGUGGGACUAUCAGGCCUGCACCGAGAUGAACUUGCUGUUCGAGAGCAACAACAUGACGGACAUGUUUCCGGAGCUCCCCUUCACGGAAGCCUCCCGGGAACAGUACUGCUUCCGGAAAUGGGGGGUUCGUCCCCGGCCAUCGUGGCUGGCCACCAGCUUCUGGGGCAGCGAACUGGCAGCCGCAAGCAACAUCAUCUUCUCCAACGGGGACCUGGAUCCCUGGGCAGGCGGUGGAGUGCGGAAGAGCCUGAGCGCCUCUCUGGUUGCCAUCCUCAUCGAAGGGGGAGCCCAUCACUUGGAUCUCCGGGGCUCCAACCCAGCCGACCCGCCGUCCGCCAGAGAGGCCCGUCUCCAGGAAGCGAGCAUCAUCUGUGGCUGGGUGAGGUCCGCCCGCACCGAGGACUGAGCGCGCAUCCUGGGGCCUUGCGGGAGUCGCUCCCAACCACCGACCGGCCUUUAACGGGAGUCGUCAGCGCACCACCUGCACUGCCAGAACCAGCCAGAGGUCCAGUGGAGCGCCGGGCGCCGGGCGGGGGGGUUGCGACGUGCCCGUCCAUGGCGGAGCGUGGGCGCUGCCAGCGCGUGAUGUGUCUUGUUGCUGGACCACAGAACCAGGAAUAAAACGGGGGAGAUGCCUCGGGGGCCGCG